CAUUAAACAUGGCCUCAAUUCUGCAGAAGCUCAUCACCCCUCUUUUCAGUGGUCCGGCCGAGCCCCCUAGGAACAAGGUGACAGUGGUGGGGGUAGGCCAGGUGGGCAUGGCCUGUGCCGUUAGCAUUCUCCUCAGGGAGCUGGCUGAUGAGCUGGCCCUGGUUGAUGUGAUGGAGGACAAGCUGAAGGGGGAGAUGAUGGACCUACAGCAUGGGAGCCUCUUUCUAAAAACAUCCAAGAUUGUUGCAGAUAAAGAUUACUCUGUGACAGCAAACUCACGGAUUGUGGUGGUGACGGCAGGUGUCCGACAGCAAGAGGGAGAGAGCAGGCUUAACCUUGUCCAGAGAAAUGUUAAUAUCUUCAAACACAUCAUUCCUCAGAUAGUGAGGUACAGCCCCAACUGUAUCAUCAUUGUGGUGUCCAACCCAGUUGAUGUGUUGACCUAUGUGACCUGGAAGCUGAGUGGCCUCCCAAAGCACCGUGUCAUCGGCAGUGGCACCAACCUAGACUCUGCUCGCUUCCGCUACCUGAUGGCUGACAAACUUGGCAUCCAUUCCAGCAGCUUUAAUGGCUGGAUAUUGGGAGAACAUGGAGACACCAGUGUGCCUGUGUGGAGUGGAGCGAAUGUAGCAGGAGUGAACCUGCAGACACUAAACCCAGACAUUGGUACCGACCAUGACAGUGAGAACUGGAAGGAGACUCACAAGAAGGUGGUAGACAGUGCCUAUGAGGUGAUCAAACUGAAGGGCUACACUAACUGGGCCAUUGGAUUGAGUGUAGCUGACCUGGCUGAGAGCCUCAUCAAAAACAUGAACAGGAUCCAUCCUGUAUCUACAAUGGUCAAGGGCAUGUUCGGAAUCAGUGAUGAGGUAUACUUGAGCCUGCCCUGCAUACUGAACAACGGAGGUGUGGCCAGCGUGGUCAACAUGACCUUGACGGACAAGGAGAUUGCUCAAUUGAGGUCAAGCGCCAACACACUGUGGGGCAUCCAGAAAGACCUGAAAGACGUGUAAGAAGACAGUAGAGGGCGCUGAAGUCAAUCCAUACUGCUUGUCACCUACUCUUUAACUCAACAGUCCAAAAACACCAACUGCACUUCACAUACUGUUGUACCCCCCAUCCUCUUCAGAUUCCCAGGCGUCUAAGGGUCUGGUCCCAUGAGUGUUAAGUGUCAGAGUCUGCACAGUGCUGCUUAUAAGAAAGACAGCAAAGGAGGGUACAAUGUCUCAUUGGUUUAAAGUGAUAUGAAAUGUCGUUGUUUGAUGUUUAAUAAAGCACAAGUGUACAUGUGUGAAUAAGAAAUGUAGUUACAUUUUUCAUAGUUGAAAUAAU